UUGGCAUGUUAUCCUUUGCUUUUUCUUUGGAUUUUUCAUUAUCUACCAAAUGGUUGGUUUUAGUGGCCAUGCGUGUCCACGCUUUCCAAUUUGGAGCGUAUUGAUUCACCUCAGUGUAUACUGUAGUAUGUGGUAUUCCAGGAUUAAAUGGCAAUGCCGUGUCCUUUCGUGGAACUAGCGUGUGAUUCACCUGAAUGUUGUCUUUUUAGGUUUUGGGCGUUGAAGGUUAAAUCCGCCCUAUGCAUUCCAUACGUCAAACUCUUGUUGCAAGUCCUUUGUCUCGGUGGAUGGCGGCAAACAAAGCAUUUUAUCGUGCCUCGAACCCUACCCAUUAUGUCGCCAAUGCUCAUUGAACUUCCUUCACUUUCUGUCUUCUGUUUCCCCACAUUUUCUGUCGGCUAAAAAAACUACGGCAAGCGCUGUAGUUUCUCCGAAGUUUGGUUUUCCCCUUUAAUUACUGUGCAGCUCUAUUGGCGAUUAUUGGGCUAUGUCUGCUUCCCUGGAGACUCCACAGAGGGGAGCAUGAAGUCGUACUUCAGACCGGGAUCAUGGCGGCUCCUCUCGGGCGGGACACUCUACCUGAUCACUGGUCUUACGGAGUCUGCAAUGAUGGAAGAGUUUUUUUCAUAAAUGAUGAAACUCUCUAUACGACUUGGCUCCAUCCCCGUACGGGUGAACCUGUCAACUCUGGGCACAUGAUACGGUCAGAUUUACCACGGGGGUGGGAAGAAGGGUUCACAGAUGAGGGGGCAAGCUACUUCAUAAACCAUAACCAGAGGACGACGUCUUUUAGGCACCCUGUGACGGGCCAGAUUUCGCCUGAAAACAUCGACUACGUCCUUCGAGAGCAGCCGAACUCCUGCAUGUCCAAGCCACACCCCGACCCCAGGCCCCCCAGCAUGGUCAGCGAGUCCUCCACCGCCGUGACCUCAUCGACGGUGGACACCGCCCCGGCGCCGAAGGUCAGAGAAGUUCAGGGCCCCAGAGCCGGCGGCAAGGUGCACAGCUUCGGCAAGCGGGAGCAGGCCGUCAAGAGGAACCGCAACGUGCCCGUGGUGGUGCGGGGAUGGCUCUACAAGCAGGACAGCUCUGGGAUGAGGCUGUGGAAACGCAAGUGGUUUGUGUUGUCGGACUACUGCCUCUUUUAUUACAAAGACAGCCGAGAGGAGGCGGUCCUGGGCAGCAUUCCCCUGCCCAGCUACGUGAUCUCUCCGGUGGAGCCCGACGACCACAUCAGCCGCAAGUACGCCUUCAAGGCCAGCCACACGGGCAUGCGCUCGUACAUCUACAGUAAGAGCUCUGUGAUUGGCUCGCAGGCCGAGCACAGCGGCAUGAGGACCUACUUCUUCAGCGCCGACACGCAGGAGGACAUGAACGGCUGGGUCCGCGCCAUGAACCAGGCUGCCCUCAUGCAGAACCACAGCUCCAAGAGGUCAGCACCGUACAUGAACCAGGCUGCCCUCAUGCAGAACCACAGCUCCAAGAGAGAGUCCGCAAAGCUGGAGAAGCUGGAGCGACAGGCGGUCCAGCAGACCAAUCACGUCAACAGCCACAGCAAGAGCCCCGCCCUGCGGCGGGUGGAGCAGGCGGGCAGGCAGCCGUCCGGCGUGGAGGCGCUGGAGGAGAUCCGCGCGUCGCAGGGCGAAGAGGAGCGGCGCAGCCGUCGAAGGGCCAAGACUCCGCCCGCGAUCGUCCCCGAGGCCGACGGCCCCUCCCCCAAUCCGCCGGGCCCCCAGCGCCCCGCCUCCACGGGGCCCGUGCACAGGAACGGGAACGGCGUGGGCGUGGAGCAGAACGGGAACGCGGUGCAUAAGAGGGGCCUGGUCCCGCGCUCCGACACGGAGAGGCAGGUGCAGAGGAAGACCACCCUCGCACAGGUCCAGCACUGGGUCCGGGCACAGAAGGCCGAGCCCAAGAGCCUGCCCUCCUCUGAGCACACGCUCCCCCGCCGGACCCCCCCGAUGCAGCCCAGAGUCAGCGCAGUGGAGGCCUACCAGUCGUUGCCAAAGACAUCGCGGCUGUCGUCCGGCGGGAGCUCCCCGCAGGCGCCCCGCAACCUGCCCAGCGACUACAAGUACGCGCAGGACCGGCUGAGCCACUUCCGCAUGACCACGGGCGAGCGCUCGGCGUCCCGGGAGGGCACCGUGUGGCAGCUCUACGAGUGGCAGCAGCGCCAGAACUUCCGGCACGGCAGCCCCACCGCGCCCGUCUACACCCCCGCCCCGGACUACCAGGACCCCGCCUCCUUCCGCGUCGCCAUCGACGUCCCCCGCUGCAUCUCCGUGCCCCCCUCGCCCUCCGACAUCCCCCCGCCGGGACCCCCGGGCAAGCCCACGUCCCCCCGCAGGCCCCACACGCCGGCCGACAGGGUCACCGUCCGCCCGCUGGACCAGAUGCCGCCCGCCGACGUACCCGCCUCCGCCUCGCCGCUGCGCGUGCGGUCCCACCGCUCCAAGACGACUCCGGUGGACAGACGCUCGAUGCCGGCCAUGGGCUACAUCACCCACACAGUGAGCGCUCCCAGCCUGCAGGGGAAAACGCCGGAGGAGCUGACCUUGCUCCUGAUUCAGCUCAGGAGACACCAGGCUAAGAUGGCGAGCGUGCGCAACGGUGCUCUGGGCCACCUGCAGCAGCUCAAUGGCCCCUCUGUGCCCCGUCUCCAGAUCAAAAGUGUUGAACCUUUGAUCACCGUGGUUCGCAGUGUGUUACAAAACUCGGCUCAAGGUUAUCAGACCGUUGUGAACGUCACGGCGCGCGAAACGUCGAAAGACAGAUCGACGAAACCAGUCAAAAUAGCUGAGAGUGACGUCGACGUCAUGUUGAGCAGGUUGUGUGAACAAGACAAGAUUCUUCAGGAGCUGGAGACCAGGAUUCGCACACUGAAGGAGGACAAGGACAAGCUGGAGUCGGUGCUGGACGUGUCCCACCAGCAGAUGGAGCAGUACCGGGACCAGCCGUCCCACGCCGAGAAGAUCGCCUACCAGCAGCGCCUCCUGCAGGAGGACGUGGUGCACAUCCGCGCCGAGAUCUCCCAGGUCUCCACGGAGAUGGAGAACGCGUGGAACGAGUACGGCCGGCUGGAGAUGGACUUGGACCAGCUGAGGGGGGCUCUCCGAGACCAGAUGAAUCGCAACAUCCUCUCCCAGCUGGAGAAGGAGCAGAUGAGGAGGGAGCUGUGGAGGGUGGAGGACGUGCUGGCUGGCCUCAGCUCCAGCAAAGCCAACUACAGAGUCACCAUAGACUCUAUGAAGAACCCAGAGAGGAAACUCGUGCCUUCAGCGUCGUCCUCAGUGCCUUCUCAGUGUGUGAGUGCGCCUGCAGGGGAGACAGGCCCCGCCCUCAGCCACGCGCAGCCAGCCAAUGACAGCAAGCCUUCUCAGCAGUCGGCUCUGUACCCGCAGAGCUUCCUGCUCCACAAAUCUGUGCCAAAGUGGGCAGAGGAAGGUGCUCCACCCCGCCCCCCCCUGCCGCAGGUGUACAGCCCUGAGGAGCACCCCCCCGUCGUGCCCCCCCUGCCCAAGGAGACCUCUGUCAUCAGACACAUGUCCGUCCGUGGCCUCAAGCGCCAGUCCGACGAGCGGAAACGCGACAGGGAGAUCGGCCAUUUUGUCAACGGCGACUACAAGGUGGAGUUGCGGUCGUACCUUAGCGAGCCGGAGCUGCUGGGAGUGGGGGCCGGCUCAGGGCCCAUGGGGCUCGUGGGAGGGUACCAGACUUUGCCAAGCAGAGGACCGGCUGGCUCCGCCUCCAGGCUGAAUCAGUCCACUAACAUCUCGUCGUACGUCACGCUCAGAAGAGGAGUCACCGCCUCGGUUCUGAAGGAGAGACCAAAGAGUGCCUUGGAGCGGCUGUACUCGGGCGACACGGCGCCGCGGGGCCGCAUGAGCGCCGACGAGCAGCUGGAGAGGAUGAAGAGGCACCAGAAGGCGCUGGUGCGGGAGCGCAAGAGGACCCUGAGCCAGGGGGAGCGGCAGUCCUCUUCCUCCCGCACCUCGUCCUCCUCGCGGCCCCUCUCCGCCGACCUGGGCUCAUGGAGGCGGGAGCAGGACUUUGAUUGGCAGCUGUUGGAGCGGGCGGUGCAGGGGGAGGAGCAGCCUCCAGAGCACCACGAGACGCCGAGGCCGCAGUCUGACGAGUGGCUGACCGUCAGAGCCACGCCCAUGAGGGAGUUAGACCUCGAGCCGCUGGACUAUGACCUGGACCUAAGCCGAGAGUUAUCUAAGCCAGAGAAGGUGUGCAUCCCUGAGCGCUAUCUGGACCUGGAGCCCGAGGAGCCGCUUAGCGAGCAGGAGAAAGAGGCCCGGCACCGCAAAGUGGAGCGCAUCAAGAGCAUCCUGGCCAAAUCCAGUGUUCAGAACAUACCGCCUCCAGUAGCCGUGGACAAGCCGGACGUCACAGUGCUGGACUCGGCCUUGCAGGAGCAGGAGCGGAUCAUCACCAUGUCCUACGCUCUGGCGUCUGAGGCCUCACAGAAAAGCAAGGAGGUGGCAGCUCCGCAGCAGGUGUACGAUCCCUCCGCCCCCCCUCCUCCUCUUGUCACACGGGCGCCUCACCCCUCUCCUAUAAGCAAUGGAUUUCACUACACGUUUGUCUAAUAAACGGCAAGCAAACGAGGGAAAGCGGGGAGAGCUUACCUGUCACCCAGGUAUAAAGCCAAAGCUGUGUCCCAACACUGAGGUGCUAGCAUGGGACGAGUCACAGCAGACUGGACCCCGGAGGACUGAAGAGCUUCGUUUGGCGUGGUUUUAAAGAUUGUUUAACACGGAUCUUUUAAUGCUUAACAUUUUAGCGCCCGAUAUAUGACUUGUUUUUGCAACCCUCCUUUUUUUUUUAUAUUAGAGCUCAAACAAACUUUAUUUUCUACAGGAAAUGGGAACUCUGCUGUGGAAGCCACUGUAUGUUAACUAUGGAAGUGUCUAACAAUGUUAAUAUUGUUGUAGAAAGAGGUAUUGUACAUGCUGUUGCACUUUUAAUAAUACAGUAUCAUAGUGAAGAUUUGGAAUGCGUAUGGUUUUUACUCAGAAAGAGAAACAUUCGCUAUGCCUUGGAGUGUCUACUGCUGUUCAUGGGAUAUUUUAAGGGAAAGUUAAGCUGUUGUACAACUGAAAGUCACAGAAAGAGACAAAAAAUUGAUUGUAUUUUUGCCAGAUCUCAGAUGUUAUUCUUACACCAAAUCACUUAAAAUAUUAUUUUUGUGUAACCCAGCACUGCCAGUGUAAGUUUCAUGUUAGCUUGCCAAACUGAUUUUAUUUUUGCUUACAACAUUGCGGCGAUGAAAUGACAACCUCAAAACUAUUUUCUCGAAAUAAUGUGGAUAGAAAAAGGUACAUGAUGCAAAUUUUGAAAAAAUGUAAAUAUUAAAGUUAUUAACCAGA